AUGGUUGAUGGAAGGAAGGUGCUGUUUGCAAGGUCUUCGAAGUCGAACAACCUGAGCAUGGGGAUUGUGGGGCUUCCGAAUGUAGGGAAGUCCACCCUAUUUAAUUUUCUCACUAGAAACAACGUUCCCGCAGAAAACUAUCCGUUCUGUACUAUUGAUCCCUCUGAGGGGCGUGUAGAGAUCCAAGACGAAAGAGUAGAGAUGCUGGCUGAGAAGUAUAUGCCCCACAAUAUUGUAAGGGCAUAUCUAAGUGUGACGGACAUAGCGGGACUAGUAAAAGGAGCAAGUACGGGUGUUGGGCUUGGAAACCACUUUUUGGAUAAUAUCAGGAAUGUGGACGGGAUCUUCCAUGUUGUAAGAUGCUUUGAAGAUCCGGAGGUAGCGCAUUUUGAGGACGGGGUAGACCCAAUAAGAGACAUAGAAAUAGUCAAUGAAGAGCUAAGGCUCAAGGACUAUGAGACGUUGGUUAGGCAUGAGGAAAAAAUGCUAAAGGAUCUGAGGUCAAAGCCUUCUGACAAAAAGUUGAAGGAUCAGGCUGCACUGGUCAAAAGGCUUGUGGAGAUACUGAAGAAGGAUUGGGUGAAUAAGCAUGAGUUCAACGAAGAAGAGAUUGCAUACAUCAGCACUUUGAACCUACUUACGGUGAAGAAUGUGGUGUACCUUGCCAAUAUCAGUGAGAAGGAUUACGAGAUGCGCCGUGCAAACAAGCAUUUGCGAGCUGUUUUGAAAUACUCUAGCGAUGUGAUUGUAUUCAGCGCAGCAUAUGAGAGCAGCCAUGAUUCAAGGGUGUUUUUGGAUAAGCUUGUUAAGAAAGGCUAUGAGUCGCUAGACCUCAUUAACUUCUUCACGGUGGGAAAGGAUGAGGUUAGGAGCUGGACAAUAAGGAGGGGGAUAAGUGCGCCUUCUGCAGGUGCGGUGAUUCACUCUGAUUUUAAGAAGUACUUUAUAAUGGCAGAGGUUAUGUCUUUUGAAGAUCUCAAAGCUUACGGGAGUGAGGCUGAGGUAAAGAAGGCCGGAAAGUACCACCAAAGAGGCAAGACUUAUGUUGUCAAUGACGGAGACAUAAUUCUUUUCAAAGUCAACCCGCCUAAGUCUAUAGGAAAGAAGAAAUGA